AGUCGGUUGAUGAUGUCUAUAAAAAUGCUGCCUUCUUUCCUUCCCGUGAAAUUCUGAUCUCACCCAACACUUUCCUUUUGAUCUUCAAUGGAGAACCAAAGGCACACGAGCUUUCUCUUCGUCUCUCUUUUCCUCUACCUUUCAACAGUUUCUUCGGAAAAGGAAUGGCUAGUUGGGAAGGAUCAACGUAAUGGGAGUGAGGCCCUGAAGCUGUUAGUGUUCGGGGACUCAUAUGUGGACACAGGCAACUGGGAGAAGUCCAGUGGAUCAUGGCACUCUCCUUACGGCAUGACUUUCCCCGGAAAACCAACUGGGCGCUUCUCCGAUGGUCGGGUCUUGACGGAUUUCAUAGCUUCAUUUUUUGGAGUACCAUCUCCUCAACCCUACAUGUGGAGGAAGUCCGUGAAAAAACCACUUUUUCAGUAUGGGAUGAAUUUUGCAUAUGGAGGUACAGGAGUCUUUAACACGAUGGUGAAUCAGCCCAACAUGACAAGCCAAAUCGAUCUCUUCCAGGGGUUGGUCAAAGAGAACUUUUUCACCAAACAAGACCUCGAAUUCUCUGUAGUUCUGCUUUCAGUUGCAGGAAACGACUAUGCUGCCCACGUUUUCAGAGAUGGCAAAGAACAGGACCUUCCCAACUUUACAGGUUCACUGAUGAACCAACUGGAAGUGAAUAUCAGACGAAUCCACAGCUUAGGAGUCCGGAAGAUGGCUGUGACAGCAGUAGAGCCAAUGGGUUGCUUGCCUCAAUUGACAGCUUUUUAUUCAUAUGAAAAUUGCAGUGAAAGUUGGAACUCAAUCACUGAUUUCCACAACCGGGCUCUGCAGCAGAUGGUCCAGAAGCUGCAGCUCGAGAACGCAGAAUCAAAAUUCCUGAUCUUAGAUCUUCACACGGCCUUCACUUCCGCACUGAAGACACGAGAAAGCACUGCAGGCAGUUCGUUAAAUCCUUUGAAACCGUGUUGUGUUGGAUCCGGAAAAGGUUAUUCGUGCGGGAGCACGGAUGAGAAAGGGGCAAAGAAGUACGAGGUGUGCAAGAACCCGGAGCUUUCUUUCUUUUGGGACACGAUACAUCCUUCACAGAGUGGAUGGGAGUCUGUUUAUUCUAUCAUUCGGCCUUCUCUUUAUGAACUCUAUUAGUCCUCCUGACCUUAUUUUGUUCCCGUGCGGUUUUUUAUGUUAGGAAAGCUCUAAGAUCGAGUAAUGAACAUUUCUAUCUGGAGGCAGAAAAAUCCUAUGGAGAAUUAUGAGUGCCGAA